AUGGCGAGUGAAUACAGAUGCGUGGGAUGUGGGUAUAGGGUCAAGUCAUUGUUCAUUCAAUACUCUCCGGGGAACAUUCGGCUCAUGAAAUGCGGAAACUGCAAGGAAGUGGCAGACGAAUACAUCGAGUGUGAACGGAUGAUUAUAUUCAUCGAUUUAAUCCUUCACAGACCCAAGGUAUAUAGACACGUCCUCUACAAUGCAAUUAAUCAAGAAAUUGUAGAUAUUCAGCAACUUUUGUGGAAAUUGGUCUUCGGUUAUCUUCUUCUAGACUCUUAUAGAAGCUUGCUACUAAGAAGAAGUGAUGAUGAAUCAAGCUUUUCUGAGAACUCGCUUCUUAUAUCCGCCGUAAAGGUUCUAAUCGGCGCUCUAACUGCAAAUGUUGCAUUUAUCUUCUCUUUUGCCAUUGCGGCCAAGUGUUUGCUAAAUGAAGUUUCCAGAAAAAGAGAGAUUAUUUUGGGGAUAUUGAUCUCGAGUUACUUCAAGAUCUUUCUGCUAGCUAUGCUGGUAUGGAAAUUCCCAAUUUCAGUGAUCUUCAUCAUAGAUAUACUUGUCUUAACAUCAAACUCCAUGGCUCUUAAAGUGAUGACUGAAUCAACCACGAGCAGAUGCAUAGCUGUAUGCUUGUUGGCGCACUCGGUUAGAUUCUUGGUGGGUCAGAUCUUUGAGCCAACAACAUUCUUUACACAAUUUGGAUCUCUCUUGCAUCGCUCUCCUUUAUUCAGAAUCCUAUGA